AUGAACAGAGACCAAGAAAGCGGGAGGUCGCCGUCUCCAUGGUCUAACGGCCAGUCUCGUGGACAGCCUCUGGGCCUUUCCGUCGAUGCUCGCAAUGGCAAAGGCCCGUCCCAGUCAACGAGCUCGAGCUCAAGCCCGUACUCUGCGCCUCCAACGAGCGCUACUCGCCUCCCUGACCGACCCCAAAUCCCUACGAGAUCAUCCACAGUUGGCUCGAGUGAGCCUGAUCGCAAUACCGCACCAAAGGAGGGUAGACCGACAGCUCGUAGCGAAGAUCUCAACCAUUCAAGUAGCCCACGACCUGUCCCAGGGUUCUUGAGAACAAGUCGUUCUUCCACCCCUGCCGGAUCAAGCUCGACCAGGCCGUAUCCGCCAUCGUCUUCAGGGCAUUCCGACGAUUCUACCCAUUACACCAAUGAAAAGCGUAGGAGCGUCGCGUCGUUUUCUUCAGCUCAUUCGGGCUCGUCGACCUCCGAAAGAGCUCCUCCUCCUUCGUCCAGUGGUUCCUCCACCACAAAUACCUCCUCGACCAUGGUCACAGUUUCUGCUACAUGCUCGUCGUGUGGUAAAGUGAUGCAGGGGCCGUUUGUCCGUGCACUGGGAACCGUUUUCCACUUGAACUGUUUCAAGUGCAUGGACUGCGGUGAUGUUGUCGCCUCCAAAUUCUUCCCUAUCGAGGGUCCAGAAGGGAAGCAGCAACCUCUGUGCGAGCGAGAUUACUUCCGGCGGCUUAAUCUCAUAUGCGCACAAUGCGGGAUGGCAUUGAGGGGCAGCUACAUCACCGCUUGCAACAAGAAAUACCAUGUCGAGCAUUUUACAUGCUCGUUAUGUCCUACUUUAUUUGGACCGCAGGAUUCAUACUACGAGCAUGACGGCGAUGUCUACUGCCACUUCCACUACUCAACCCGCUUCGCGACCAAGUGCGCCGGAUGUAACAGCGCGAUCUUGAAGCAGUUUGUAGAGAUCAACAGAAAUAUGCGCGAUGAAUGUUGGCAUCCAGAGUGUUACAUGAUCAACAAGUUCUGGAACGUUAAAGUAACAUCGAGACGACCAAAUAGCACGGCGUCGUUGGAUGGAGAUGAAGCAUACAUAGAGGAAGAGCAGCGAGAGACACCUACAUCACUCAAGGAUAAACAGGUUAGAAUGGAGCAGCAGGUGUAUAGGAUAUGGACGGUUCUCUCUGCAUUUGAAGAGAGUAGUGCAGCCUGUAUCUCGGAUAUGCUUCGGCAAGUCAGCAAUGGGCAGUACCUCGAGGCAAUACGGAUGGCUGAGAAAUUCAUACUGCACGUUGAAGUCCUCUUUGCAACUAUUGACGACUUGGAACAUCAAUUUGCACGGUUAAAUAUGAAAGGUGUGCUUGGCGCUUACUUUACCUCCGGACCUACCGAUUCAAGCCAAUAUAUUUCACUAGGCAUGUCCCAUGUUCGCGAAGCUCGGAUGCUUUGUCGAAAAACGGUGGAGCUUUUUACGCUUCUGUCACACACACAAGAGACUGGUACUCGACGGAUGGGCAUGACGCAGGAGCUACUAGCUCUUGUGACGGGUCUCGCCCAUUACUUGAAGAUUCUAAUACGCAUAGCACUGACUGGCGCAUUAAAACUGGAGCGUGAGGGCAGCGUGCGGGAAGCUAUGUCGUCGUUCUUAGACAAGUUGCACCUGCUGGCUGUGCAGGGAGGUAAUCCAAGUGCGAGGAGGGUUAUAAAGGGUCAUAAUGGGGAGGCGCUAGCUGUCGUUAAUGGCGGAGGAAAUGCGGGCACACAAGGUGUGACAUAUGGCUUUAGGAGUCUCGCGCCCGAGAAUGCAGGCGAAUCACCAUUCUCUAGCUCUGGUUCCGGAGGGAGUGGUAUGGGACCAGGGCCACUAAACUCGAACCAUCCUCCAUCGGAUCUUUGCGUCAAAUGUAAUCAGACGGUCGAGGAGGACUGCGUAAGGCUUGGGACCUACCAGAGGUGGCAUUCACAGUGUGUGCAGUGUGCCAAGUGUGGAAGAGUGGCGGCUGUCCCAGUACUGAAGGAGCGGUCAAAUACUGUGGACGAGAAGCAACUAGAGUCCGGGAAGGAAGGGCAGCCGAAAUUGUCGACUGCACGGAGACCGCCGGCUAAUGUUGCCCUCUUCGUAUAUGAAGUCGACUCCAAGAAGGACACAGCGUCAUUUGGGGAAGUACCAACGGUUAUACUGUGUACAGAUCAUGCCCAUGCAGGAUGUCGAGGAGGAUUCCAAGCGGUACAGAGACUAGAGCAGUAUGCGUUCCUUUUAAAUGUAGCGCUGCGGAGAUUGUAUCUGCUACUCAAGAGACAGGGCGUCGUUCCGCUAUCUCCUGGUGAGUCUUAUAUGCCUUUAGUCUUAUUCAAAGGCCUUAACGGCCGGCAACCAGAAACCGCUACGAAUUCCAGUUCUGGCAAAUCAGGGGAAAUUGAUCCCUAUCGAAACUCUGCUGACAUUAUGCGGAUGAAAUCUGUCCACCUUGACCGGAAGCUCUCAGCAACGGCUCGUCUGCCCAAAAGAUCGACCAUUGUGGAAAGUCCUGCCGGUCGGAGUGUACAUCCGUCCGAUGUACUCAGCUCCCAAAAAUCCCAGGAUGUGCAUGCUCAUUCGCAUCCACAUCACCCACAUACCCAUACCCAUACGCAGGGCCCACAGCAUGGUCAAGUGAGUUCGCCGGCGCAAGGCCGAUCACCACCGCAGACAUAUCAAGCACCAUCAUCACUGCCCGCCAACAACAACCGGCUGCAUGUUGGGCAUUCACCCACCGACGCCCAAGGGCAAAUCCUGCGGCCUGCUUUUGCUAGGAAUAACACUGAGGUGAUGAUAGUGGAUGAAAGCGCUCCGAAUUCUCCAGCACUGGGUGACGAGGCGGGCAAUAUGCAGGAUCAUAUUCCAACACGGGAUGACGGUAUAACACUUGCUGAUAUUCCACAGUUGAUGGAAGCUGCGCAAGCAAGGGAGCAACAACGGUCACUGCCGAGACAGAGUUCGAUACCGUACAUCGCGGAGUUGAGUGCUCUGGAGUUAGCGAUUGUCAAGCAUAGCGCAGUACUUGCUCUUAUACGAUCUCCGCUGAAGGAUCAAAUUGACCUGGAUGAGUUAUUGGAGAUGGUGGAAACCAAGAAGAGUGGGUUUUGGAAUAAACUGUUUAAGGGUGAUAAGAAAAAUGUUAAGAAGAAAGGCGUAUUUGGCGUUCCUUUGGAGCUGCUCGUUCAGGGAGAGGGCUCGGACUCCUUAUUGGGAGCAUCAAGAGCUACUCUGAGGGUGCCGAGUUUUAUUGACGAUGUUAUAUCUGCCAUGAGACAAAUGGAUAUGUCGGUCGAGGGAAUCUUCCGAAAGAAUGGCAACAUUCGGCGUUUAAAGGAGUUAACAGAAGCCAUCGACAAGGAUCCCUCUUCCGUCGAUCUCACAACGGACAAUCCUGUCCAGCUCGCAGCCUUGCUCAAGAAAUUCUUGCGAGAUCUUCCCGACCCCCUAAUGACUUACAAGCUACACAAACUUUUGGUGGCUUCACAGUCACUUCCGAACGAGGCAGACCGGAAGCGGCUUCUUCAUAUGCUUUCCGUUAUCAUGCCGAAGAGUCAUCGGGAUACAAUGGAAGUCCUCUUCGUGUUCCUGAAAUGGGUAGCGUCAUUUGCUCAUAUGGACGCUGAGACGGGGAGCAAGAUGGAUCUAAGCAAUCUGGCAACGGUGAUCUGCCCAAGUAUAUUGUACUCUCGGGGUCGGGAUGCCGUACGCGAUGAGAGUUUCGGCGCCAUCCGAGUGGUCACAGCUCUUUUGGAGAACCAAGACGAGUUCUUUACCGUUCCUCAGGAAUUCCUACCCAUCUUGCACGAUCAGGAGUACUUCGCCAACUCGAUGGAGCUUCCCGGCAAGGAUUUCAUGAAGAAGUGUGAUACGUAUCAAAGAGUCAAAGCGGUUAAUGGACGGACACCGGCAGUCAUGUACAACGUCCCUAACGGGAGUACUCCACGCUUCCCUCAGCCGACCUCCCCAACAAUACAGGAGCGACCGAAUCUAGGCUUGUCGAUGCCACAAAAUGGCGCACGGCCUCAUCCUGGUGGGAUGCCUAUGUCCAACUCUGCGUAUCCGUCAAACUUACCCUCGUUACCGCCAUCCCAGGGCCAGGGCGCGAUGCAGAACCCACGAAGGAACCAGGAGCAGGUAGAUGACUGGCCAAGUACUCCCCGACCGAUUAACGCACCACCAAGGCCGGGAUCAAGACCUUCGUCAUUUACGCAGGCCCGGCCGAGCGCGGAUCAACCUUCAUUUGUACCUACUGGAUAUCCGUCAGCGGUCCGGCAGCGUACAUGA